CGCUUAGGACAUACCGACGAAGAAGAAGACACCAGAAGUCACAGUAGAAGAAGAAACAGAAAAAAAAAAAAACUGACCCGGUUUUUGACGUGGUUAUUAGACCAUUAGUAGAAUCGGGUGGCUGCCUGUCGGACGCACGGAACGAGUUAUAAUCUUACUCAUACAGAAUCAAAUCAUGCUGCUUCGUAAAGUGAGCCAGUCUUCCGCACUGUGCGGCUCCAUUCUCAGGAUUCCUCCCGUGCUGUCCGGAGGUCAGCGUCAGGCCGGGGCUGUUGUUGCUGUGCAAAAUGCUCGUCUCUACGCCAGCCAAGCUGCUCAGGCGGUGCUGGAGAAGCCUGCAGCCGUCGCCAGUGAUGCUGCCGCUAACGUGGAAAAGAAAGUCGUUUCUGCUGAAUCCAAAUCAUUCGCCGUCAACAUUUUCAAGGGGCAGAUCACCACAGCUCAAGUGUUUCCCUUUCCUUCAGUUCUCAACGAGGAGCAGGAGCAGUUCCUCCGAGAGCUCGUGGGGCCCGUUUCCAAGUUCUUUGAGGAGGUGAACGACCCCGCCAAGAACGACGCCCUGGAGAAGGUGGAGGAUCACACCAUGGAGGGCCUGAAGGAGAUGGGGGCCUUUGGCCUGCAGGUGCCGGCCGACCUGGGCGGCCUCGGCCUCUCCAACACUCAGUACGCCCGGCUGGUGGAGAUCGUCGGUGGUCAUGACAUGGGCGUUGGCAUCACUCUGGGUGCUCACCAGUCAAUCGGCUUCAAGGGAAUCCUGCUCUUUGGGAAUAAAGCCCAGAAGGAGAAGUACCUGCCAAAGCUGGCCACAGGUGAGAAUAUAGCCGCCUUCUGUCUGACCGAACCAGCCAGCGGUUCUGAUGCUGCCUCCAUCAAGACCACAGCUGUUCAGUCUCCCUGCGGAAAGUACUUCACCCUCAACGGGAGCAAGAUCUGGAUCAGCAAUGGAGGUUUGGCUGAGAUCUUCACAGUGUUCGCCAAGACACCAAUGAAGGAUCCCAAGACCGGGGAGAUGAAGGACAAGAUCACGGCUUUCGUUGUGGAGAGGAGCUUCGGAGGAGUGACGCAUGGCCCCCCGGAGAAGAAAAUGGGCAUCAAGGCGUCCAACACAGCCGAGGUCUACUUUGACAAUGUCCGCGUGCCAGCCGAGUGCGUCCUGGGGGAAGUGGGCGGAGGUUUCAAGGUGGCCAUGAACAUCCUGAACAACGGGCGCUUUGGCAUGGCGGCCGCCCUCUCUGGCACCAUGAAGAGCGUUAUUGCCAAAGCUGUGGACCAUGCAGCCAACAGGACCCAGUUUGGGAACAAGAUCCACAACUACGGAGCCAUCCAGGAGAAGAUGGCUCGCAUGACUAUGCUGCAGUAUGUCACAGAGUCGAUGGCCUACAUGAUCAGUGGCAACAUGGACAGCGGAGCCACCGAGUUCCAGAUAGAAGCUGCCAUCAGCAAGAUCUUUGCCUCCGAAGCAGCGUGGACUGUAACAGACGAGUGUAUUCAGGUUAUGGGCGGCAUGGGAUUCAUGAAGGACUCUGGAGUGGAGAGAGUGAUGAGGGAUCUGAGAAUCUUCAGGAUCUUCGAGGGAACCAACGACAUCCUGAGGCUCUUUGUGGCUCUUAAUGGCUUCCAAAACGCUGGUAACCAGCUGAAGAGCUUACAGAAGGCCCUGAAGAACCCGUUCGGCAACGCCGGCGUGCUCGCGGGGGAGGUCACCAAGAGGGCCAAGAGAAAGGCGGGUUUCAGCACAGGCCUGACGCUGCAGGGGACCGUACAUCCCGAGCUGGCCCACAGCGGAGACCUGACGGUGAAAGCCAUUGAGCAGUUUGGCGCGGUGAUCGAGGAGCUGCUGAUCAAACACGGCAAGAAGAUCAUAGACGAGCAGUUCGUUCUGAAGAGGGUUGCAGACUGCGCCAUCGACAUCUACGCCAUGGUGGUGGUCCUGUCAAGGGCUUCUCGCUCUCUGAGUCAGGGCCAUCCUUCAGCUCAGCACGAGAAGAUGCUGUGUGAGACCUGGUGUAUGGAGGCACACGAGAGGGUCAUGCGCGACAUCAAGACCCUCCGCUCCAAUGAGUCCAGGCAGCUCUUCAAGAACAUGCGCGCCAUCUCUGGAGCCGUGGUGGAGAACGGAGGAGUUGUUUCUCCUCACCCCUUGGGCUUCUAAACACACACACACACUAUUUAUCCAUCAUGACGUCCUUUUUUUUCCUUUUUCUUUCCACUCUGACCGGGUUCUUCUCUGUCACAUAUUCCGAGUCAUCCCAGACUUUGUUACGGCUAUCGUCGCUCCAUCUCACACCUGUGCCCUCUUUAUCUGCUUUGUAUAAUAACGCCUUCAUGUAGUUGAGUGACACGCGUUGAACAAAAAAAAUCACAACGUGAAACCUGUUGUGAUCAUCUUUGGUGUCAUGAACAUGUUUAUUUAACCCCGACUUUAACCCAGGCCUUUUUACACCACGUCCUCCACCUGAUAGAACAGCUGAUGCCUUUUUUUUGUCUACGCGCAGCUUUCAGAGGCACUUCUUUCUUUUGUGUUUCUGCUGCCUUCAACUGUUGAAACAUGACAUUACGUUAAUUGUGUUGAUAAAUCAUUUCGCAACAAACUCAAUGCAACUUUGAGGCAGGAAGCCAGUUGACAGGAAGCUGUUUUAACCGACUUAAUUUAUGCGCAAAGGUACUUAGGAGGCGAUUUGAAAUUGUGCACCUCUCCAAACCGUGCACAAACAUAUGGAACGGUGUGGUGUUCAUGUGCUUCAAUGCCUUUCUGCAUGUUAAGCUCACUUGGUGCUCAUUACAGAAACUUUGCCUUAGAAGCGUGAUUCUCUGAAUCACUCAUCAACGCUCGUUACGACUGGCAGCCACGUUAACGUCUAAAGUGUUUAUGUCCCCAGGUAAACGUAGCUCACUGACUGUACAUGUAGACAACACACCAUCAUCUGCAUAUCUAGAAACAUACUGUUCAGACUUCAGGUUGAUACUCAUCUGUACAUAUAAUAUAGAGGUAAAUAUUGUUAUUGAACAGCGCUGCUGUUAGACGUGAUCACGUUGCUUUAAGGUGUUUUUGACUAUUAACUUUGAACAAAUCCUCUGCAUUAAUAAAAUAUAUCUACAUCUUCCCAUCUGUUGAUUUAUCUGCCUUAGCAAGCACUCGUGAAUGCAGAUGUCUGUAUAAUUUAUUUGUGCUGCAGUUUUUCAUUCAUUAAACAUACGUUUGCUAGA